AUGACGAAACCUAUGCACCUGUUGUCAGAAGAAGAAAUCUUCAUGGAACAACCACCAGGAUUUAAGGGUCAGGAUCAAAAGGGUCAGGAAAAUAAAGUGUCUGGAAAGACUGCUAACAUUACUAGAGAAAUAAGCAAGAGAUUAAGUAGUCAUUUCGAAAUUCGUGAUCUAGGCAAGGUAUCAUAUUAUCUUGGCAUCAAGAUGGAACAUAACAAAAAUGGAGAUAUCUUAUUAAGUCAAGAAGCCAAGAUUGAACAAUUACUUCAACUUUAUCAACUGAAUGAAGCAAAACCGGCUAGAACUCCGAUGGAAACGGGUUUUUUAGCCGGAGAUACUGAGAAUAGUCCAUUAUUGUCGAACAAUCAUCAAUAUCAACAAGCAAUUGGAUCUCUUCUGUAUUUAGCUACUAUUUCACGACUUGAUGUGGCUGCUGCUGUCGGUUUUCUAGCUAGAAGAGUAGAGACUCCAACUCAAAUGGACUGGAAUGCAGUCAAAAGAAUAAUUCGAUAUCUCGCCGGCACUAAGAAUUACAAACUUCAUCUAUCUUCAACCAGUGAUGAUAUUCUUUGCUGUUUUGUGGAUGCUGAUUGGGCCGGUGAUAAACAAGAUCGAAAAUCAACAUCCGGAUAUACUUUUAAACUUGGAUCAAGUGCUAUUGCCUGGAGCAGUCAUAAGCAAACCUCGAUAUCGAUGUCGUCAACCGAAGCAGAGUACGUGGCCGCUUCUCAUGCAGUCAAGGAACUUCAAUGGUUACGUCAGCUACUCAUUGAUAUGAACGUACUUCCUGAAGGUGCUAUUCCAGUAUUUGAGGAUAAUCAGGGAUGUAUAAAAUUAAUUCAGUCCGACAAAUUUAACGCUCGAACUAAACAUAUUGAUGUUUAUCAUCAUCAGCUUCGACAUCUUCGUGAGAAAG